UUGCUGGGGCAGGGCAGCUUGAACUCGCCGGCGGAAGACACGAAGCGGGACCAGUCCUCAAUGGCGCGUGUGAAGCAGGGGCAGUCGACCCGGUUGAUGCCCGGCACGAUGGGUACCAGCUUUCCCUCGCGGCACCUGUUGCGGAGUCUCUGGCCCGUCGCCGUGACGUCCUGCCAGGGUGAUAUGAGGUGCAAUUUCCCUGAAGAGUUCCUAGAAAUCAAGACAAGAAGAAUGAGCCAGCCGUAUGCAUAGGUGUCAGGAUGUUGAGCUGGGUCCAGAGGGUGCUGCCUCAGCCCCCAGGGACCCCUCAGAAGACCAAGAUGGAGGAGGAGGAGGAGGGGGCAGAACCAGAGCCAGAGGUGGUACCGGAACCAGAGCCGGAGACUGAAACCGCCCCCAAGGAGGCUGAGCGAGGCGACGAAUCCCUGCCACCUGAAGAGCCGUUGGAGGGGAAGGAAUUGGCUGCAGCUGACCCAGACCCUCAGGAAAUCGGGGAGGCUGUCCCUACUCUGCCUACAUCCCUCCAGGCCCAGGUCGCCGUGGUUUCCGAAGUGAACAGCAGUUCCAGCGGGUGGGUGCUGAGCUGGCUCAAGAAGGGCAUGGAGAAGGUCAUCCCACAGCCCGUCCCCAGCAGCGGGCCAGCCCAGAGCACUGCUGCCGGCUCCGAGGCCCCUGCUCAGGCAGGAGCACAGACGUCUGGGCAGUGCAGCACUGGGGGCUCAGGUGGACUCGGGGAGGCCCCUGGGGCCCAGGACACCAGGUCUGGGCCCUGGCUGCUCAGGUGGCUUGAGCAGAAUCUGGAGAAAGUGCUGCCUCAGCCCCCAGAAACCUCCAAGGACUGGAGAGAUGAGCCUACAGAUGCUGCCUUGGGCCCAGAGCCCCCAGAACCCACCUUGGAAACGGAGACUGUGCUGCAGGCCCCGGAGAGCCCCUGCCUCCCCACGACUGGCCCCCUGGAAGCCAAGGAGGAGCUGACCUCAGAACCCCAGCCCAGCUCCCAGGCUUCCUCCCUGCUGCCCCCCGGCGACCCCGCCAGGUUGAUGGCUUGGCUCCUGCACAGGCUGGAGAUGGCCUUGCCGCAGCCCGUGCUCCACGGGAAGGCUGGGGAGCAGGAGCCUGACUCCCCUGGAACAUGUGACGUGCAGACGAUCUGCAUCCUCCCCGGAGGCCAAGAGGAGCCUGAUCUCAUCCUAGAAGAGGUUGACCCUCACUGGGAGGAGGACGAGCAUCAGGACGGUGGCAUCAGCCCGCAGGGCUCAGAGGCAGCUCCAGCUUAUGAAGAGGAGAACGAGGCUGUGGAGAUGCCCAGGGAACUGCCCCGGAUUCAAGAGGAGAGAGAAGCUGAGGAGGAGGAUGGAGAGGAGGAGGAGGAAGAAGAGGAGAAGCCAAAUGUCCUGCUGGAUAGCUGUCUGGUGGCGCAGGCUGGCGAGGACCUGAGCGAAGUAGGCAGGAGCCAGCCCCAGAGGGCCUCGCCCCAGGAGCUGCAGGAGGAGGCCGUGACUGUCAGCCCAGAAGUGCCUGCUACAAAAGAGCAUCCGGAAGUGCAGGUGGAAGAUGCUGAUGUGGACAGCCACCCCCCCAUUGUGGAGAAUCCACCCUCACCCGAGCUGCCACCACCUUCUCCUGCCAAAUCCGACACCUUUGCGGUCCUGGGAUCUGCCGCAGAGACUGAAAGGAAGAGGCUGCCCUCCCAAGAUGAUGAGGCUGAAGAGCUCAAGGCACUGUCACCGGCUGAGUCCCCCAUGGUCCCCUGGUUGGACCCGGCCAGCCCACAGGGCACUGAUGGCCAAGACCGCGCAGUGUCCGUGGCCAGCCAGAACAGCACCAUCAUCAACAACCGGCUCCAGGAGCUGGUGAAGCUUUUCCGGGAACGGACAGAGAAGGUGAAGGAGAAGCUCAUCGACCCUGACGUCACCUCCGAUGAGGAGAGCCCUAAGCCCUCCCCGGCCAAGAAAGCCCCAGAGCCGGCCCCGGCAGUGAAGCCGGCCGGGCCGGGCCAGGCGGAGGAGGAGCACUAUUGCGACAUGCUCUGCUGCAAGUUCAAGCGCCGCCCGUGGAAGACGUACCGGUUUCCCCAGAGUAUCGACCCGCUGACCAACCUGAUGUACAUCCUGUGGCUGUUCUUCGUGGUGCUGGCCUGGAACUGGAACUGCUGGCUGAUUCCUGUGCGCUGGGCCUUCCCCUACCAGACGCCAGACAACAUCCUCCUCUGGCUGCUGAUGGACUAUCUGUGCGACCUCAUCUACCUCCUGGACAUCACCGUGUUCCAGCCUCGCCUGCAGUUUGUCAGAGGGGGAGACAUCAUUAUGGACAAGAAGGAGAUGCGCGAUAACUACCUGAAAUCUCAUCGCUUUAAGAUGGACAUGCUCUGCCUCCUGCCCUUGGACUUGCUCUACCUGAAGUUUGGUGUGAAUCCCCUCUUGCGCUUGCCCCGCUGUUUGAAGUACAUGGCCUUCUUCGAGUUUAACAGCCGCCUGGAAUCCAUCCUCAGCAAAGCCUAUAUCUACAGGGUGAUCAGGACCACGACUUACCUGCUGUACAGCCUACACGUGAACUCAUGUCUGUAUUACUGGGCGUCAGCCUAUGAGGGCAUCGGCUCCACUCACUGGGUUUACGAUGGCGUGGGAAACAGUUACAUUCGCUGUUACUACUGGGCUGUGAAGACCCUCAUCACCAUUGGUGGGCUGCCUGACCCCAGAACGGUCUUUGAAAUCGUCUUCCAGGGGCUGAACUAUUUCACGGGUGUCUUCGCUUUCUCUGUGAUGAUCGGACAGAUGAGAGACGUGGUGGGGGCCGCCACAGCUGGGCAGACCUACUACCGCAGCUGCAUGGACAGCACCGUGAAGUACAUGAACUUCUACAAGAUCCCCAGGUCCGUGCAGAACCGGGUCAAGACCUGGUACGAGUACACCUGGCAGUCCCAAGGCAUGCUGGACGAGUCAGAGUUGAUGGUGCAGCUUCCAGAUAAGAUGCGUUUGGACCUCGCCAUCGACGUGAACUAUAACAUCGUCAGCAAAGUGGCUCUCUUCCAGGGCUGUGACCGACAGUUGAUCUUUGACAUGCUGAAGAGGCUCCGUUCUGUCGUCUACCUGCCCAACGACUACGUGUGCAAGAAGGGGGAGAUAGGCCGAGAGAUGUACAUCAUCCAGGCGGGACAGGUGCAGGUCUUGGGUGGCCCCGACGGGAAGGCUGUGCUGGUGACGCUGAAGCCUGGAUCUGUGUUUGGAGAAAUAAGCUUGCUGGCUGUUGGGGGCGGGAAUCGGCGCACGGCCAAUGUGGUCGCCCACGGGUUUACCAACCUCUUCAUUCUGGACAAGAAGGACCUCAGUGAAAUUUUGGUGCAUUAUCCCGAGUCUCAGAAGUUACUCCGGAAGAAGGCCAGGCAAAUGCUGAGAAAUAACAACAAGCCCAGGGAGCCGAAGAGCGUGCUCAUCCUGCCUCCCCGGACAGGCACGCCCAAGCUCUUCAAUGCCGCCCUGGCCGUAGCAGGAAAGGUGGGUGGCAAGGGGACCAGAGCCGGCAAGCUUGCCCACCUGAGGGCCCGGCUCAAGGAGCUCGCUGUGCUGGAGGCAGCUGCGAGGGAGCAACAAUUGCUGGAACAGGCCAAGAGCUCGCAAGACGCUGCGGGAGAGGCGUGCCCGGCCGCCCCGGAGCAGCCCCCAUCGCCUGAGCCCCCGGCCCCGCGCUCUCCGCCACCUGCCUCCCCUGGGAAGCCCGAGGAAGGCGGGGAGGGGGAGGCCAGGCCCGAGGAGCCCUCCAUGCGGAUCUGCAUGAGCCCGGGCCCGGAUCCCGGUGAGCAGAUCCUGUCGGUGGAGAUCCCGAAGGAGAAGAAGGAGGCCGAGUGAGGAGGCCCCCAGCGCGCCACUCCCGGCAGGGCGGGUGCAGGCGCGUCCUCCCCGCGCCCCAGGCCGGUCCCCAGCCCCGCGCCGGCU